AUGACUCAACAGAUAUUUGCUGCAAGAAUGGGAGGAAGGGGAUUCAGUUCUGCCUCUGCUGCGUGUGGACUAGGCGGGCGCAGAACCUAUGUUGCCUCCAUACGUCAACCAGUCAGAAACGGAUAUGGGAUCCAUGGCUUCGGCAGCCGGAGUCUUUCCAGUCUGGGUGGAAACAGAAGAAUUUCUUACGGUCGUUACGGCGCUGGAUGUUAUGGCAGCUGCAACUACGGGCAUGCAGGUUAUGGUGGUCUGGGCUUUGGGGGCAUGGUGGCUCAUUAUGGCCCUGGGAUUGGAAGUGGUGGGCCUUUUGGAGGAUACUCCAACUCCAGGGGUGAUGGAAUCCAUGGAGUCAGGAUCAAUGAGGAUCUCCUGAAGCCUUUACAAGUGGGAGUGGACCUACAGGAACAAGAAUUCCGAAACCGUGAGAGGGAAGAAAUGAAGGACCUCAACAAUCAGUUUGCCUGCUUCAUUGAUAAGGUCCGAAGCCUGGAGCAACAGAACAAGGCCCUUGAAACCAAGUGGAGUCUCUUGCAAGAGUAUGCUCUGCCGGCCAGGAAGAACCUGGAGCCCUAUUACGAGAAUUUCAUCAGCAACAUGAAGAAAGAAAUAGACUAUUUAUUAAGUGAGAGAGAAAACCUAGCAAGAGAAAAUGAUGCUGUUCAACACCUUGUUGAGGAACUCAAGAGCAAAUACGAAGAGGAAUUCAAAAGGCGUACGGCUGCAGAAAAUGAAUUUGUGUUGCUCAAGAAGGAUGUAGACUCAAUUUCUCUGAGCAAGACACAACUGGAGGGAAAAGUAGAUUUACUGUGCCGAGAACUGGAGUUUCGCAGACAUAUUUAUGCAGAGGAACUGGCGCAACUUGACAGCCAGGUCGGUGAUGCGAAGAUCCUUUUGCAAAUGGACAACAGUCGAGACUUGGACCUUGACUUGAUUCUUAGAAACGUUGAUGCUUGGUACCAGAGCAUUGCCCAGAGGAGUAAAGAAGAAGCAAAUGCUUUCUAUGAAAACAGAUUCCAAGAGCUUCAGGAGGAAAGGGGGAAACACUCAGACGCACUGAUGCUCAACCAACAAGUGAUUGCACAGCUGACCCAGUUGAUCAACAAGUUGCAGCGUGAAAAUGAUAGUGUUAAAAAGCAGGUGAGUGCUUUGGAAACAGCCAUUUGUGAUGUAGAACAGCGUGGAGAUAAUUCUCUGAAAGACGCCCGGGAAAAGCACACGGAUCUGCAAACUGCUCUGAAGAAGGCCAAAGAUGACCUGGCUGGCAUGCUAAAGGAUUACCAGCUGGUCCUGAAUUCCAAGGUGGCUCUUGAUAUUGAGAUUGCUGCUUAUAAGUCAUUGCUGGAGGGAGAAGAGACCAGACUACACAAAGGAAAUCCCAUCAAUGUAGAUGUGGUCAAACCCUUCCACCUGAGCAGCUCAGAGGGUUACAAUCCUAUGGGUAUAGGGUACAAUUCAGGAUAUGGUGGAUGGGCCCAGAGAAGUUACAACAGGAGCUACAGUUCCAGAAGUGUUGGAGAGCCCUCGAGGACCAAGGACAGCAGCCACAACCUGACUCCAGGAGUUUGCUCUGCAGAUGCAGAAUUCCACCCUGGAGCAGUCCCCUACUCCAGGAGCUGUUAUGUUGGUAACCAUAGCAUUGACAGUUCCUGUCAAACUGGAGGAGUUCGGGUGGGAAGAGGCACCAACCAAGGUCUGGGAUUCGGCUCAGGAAUUGUGCAUGGAUCCAUCCAGAAUGUAGGCAGUGGGAAAAUCUCUGGAGGUAUAGCAGAAACGUGUCCCGGUGGAGGCUACCUCUCUGGGGGUUACAGACCAGUAGAUGUUCACCCAUUUGGGGAUGGAGGGAUGGGCCCUAGAGUUGUCAGUGGCCCCAUAGUUGUGGGCUGCCACCCUGGAUUUGGAAUUGGAAAUAUUGGUGGACCGUGUUUUGGCAUCCCAGCUGCAGGAGGUUUUGGGGUUUCAGGAGGGAUGCCUUGUGUAGGAGCAGGUGGUCCUCUCGAUGUGUGUUAUCCUGGAGCAGUACAAGCUCCUGUGGGUGUCUGUUACCCUGGACAAGUAGGUGAUAUUUGCUUCACUGGAGGAGUAGCACCUCUGUAAGUAGCUGCUACUCCUCUGGAAGCAGGAGAGGCCCCUUAAGAAACCCCACAGUUUAAAAAAUCUUUGUAAAACUUCCCAUUUUGGAAAGAAAUUCAUUCUCAAUUUCUUAGCCGCAGCAAUCAGAACUCCUACUAGCAUUGAGGGUGUGAAACAUUGAUCAUGAAAUAUUUUUAGCAACAUGCCUGCAUAUCUUGGUUCAUCUAAAUUUUUAGUGCCUUUCAGUGCAUGGAAAUUUUCCUGUCCUUUAAGAGAAAUGUCUACUGCUGAAUCAGACAUGCUUCCUCCACUAAUUUGGCACUGGCAGCUUCAUGAAACAUAUUCUUGGAAUUGGUAAUUUAAAACAAAAGAAAAGUAAAGUAAAAACACCUCCCCUCCCUCAAACAUCUCAUACAAGGGGUGCCAAUGUCCUCUAGUUUUUAUUUUAAUUCAGAGAGCUGUAAAAAAAGGAAACUUAGCCUUUCUUUACAAUGCUUAGAAUUGAUUUGUUGUUAUGUGCUUCUGACUGACUGUACCCCUUAACAGAGAUUUCAAGAUAUGUGAGAUCUUCCACUUGUGGCUUACCAUGGGCAUUCCUUGGGAGGUUUCUAUGGAUGAGCAGGAAUAUGAUGCUAAGUCUCCUGAGUUCUGAUCCGGCAUCCGCCCCAUUACGCCCCAUUGACUUUAAGUCAGAUAGAACCAUAACUGAUUUUUAUCCCGCUUUUACAUUAGUGUUUCAUGAUUUGGGAUGGACAAAUCUUUUGUUUUGUUGUACUCGUACUUUGUCAAUCCCAAGCUGUUCCAUUCUGGGAAAAAGGGGCGAUUUUGUUAAGUUCCUGUUUUAAACAAAAAUAACCAAUUCCAUCUCAGCCCACCCAGAAAUUUUCAGCCAUCUCUCAGUGUGGAAAUAAACGAAUUGUACUAGCCUACAAUGGAACUGU